AUGGCAGGAGAAAGGGAGCGAGGAGGUGUGGCUCCCAGGACAUGGGGAGGGCACCCGGCCUGCACAGUGCCUCCUGUCUCAUCCGUAAGGACCGAUGCCUCCGCUGAAGACACGGCUCCUCGCAGAAACCUAGUCCCCCUGAGGAAAUUAGAGCCCAUCCGUGAGACCAUGAAAGAGAAGGGCUUACUGGGGGAGUUCCUGAGGACCCACAAGAAUGACCCUACCCAGAAGUACCACUUCGGCAACCUCGGUGUGGUCUACGAACCACUGGCCUACCUGGAUAGUCUGUACCUUGGGGAAAUCGCCAUCGGGACCCCACCACAAAACUUCCUGGUCCUUUUUGAUACCGGCUCCUCCAGCCUGUGGGUGCCCUCGGUCCAGUGCCAGAGCCAGGCCUGUGCCGGCCGCUCCUGCUUCAACCCCGGUGUGUCCUCGACUUACUCCAGCAACGGGCAGGCCUCCUCUGUGCAGUAUGGCAGUGGCAGCCUCAGCAGUAUGAGUGGAGUUACACUUGUCACCUCCCAUCCCCUGUGUCCCUUCCAGGUGCAGAACAUCCAGGUCCCCAACCAGCAGUUUGGCCUGAGUGAGCAUGAGCCAAAUCCCUAUUUCCUCCGGCUAAAGUUUGAUGGCAUCAUGGGCCUAGCCUACCCGGCCCUGGCCGAGGGUAGGAGCACCACGGCCCUGCAGGGCAUGCUGCAGGCAGGCCUGCUCUCCAGCCCGGUCUUCAGCUUCUACCUAGGCAGAGAUAUGAGCUCUCAGAAUGAAGCAGUUCUCAUAUUCGGAGGGAUAGAGCACAGCCUGCGCAGGGGGCCAAUCUACCGGGCCCCCGUAACCCAGGAGCGCUACUGGUAGAUCGGCCUGGAGGAGUACCGGCCCCAUCACCCCCAGCCACCCGAAUGGCACCCCACAAGGUUUGGGCAUGCUGGGAACCAGGACUUGAGUCAGAUCUCCAAGGGCAUCACCUAUAGACCAGCGAUUCUCAACAAUUUUGGCCCCUAA